UUGGGACAGUGCGGAAAUACAAAUUCUGGGCGGAUUUGUUUGACGACUGUAUUAGUUCUUCCUUCCCUUUUUCAUUUACUUGGCCCUAUCCUCCCAUGUGAGGCAAUACCCUGCAUUAACUAUGCUAGUACUCGAAGUGAACAAACGACGUAAACAGUAGGCUUAAAACUUUUUCCUCCGGGCGCCAUGGGAGAAUCGGACCCUACCGGGGCCUUGAGCCGCAGGCGAAGGGCUACAUUUGCGGCGGGGAAAGGAGUGAGUAUGCAGCCGAUGAAUGAAAAGUGUUCGUCUGCGAGUCAACUCUCGUUAGCCGCCUGCAGAAAGACAGACAGCGAACCGGGCAAAGUUGACCGCUUGUUUGAAACAACCGGGCCCACCACCAAAUGUGACAAAAAGAAACGGAAGAAUGACAUAAACGAAAGAUUAAGCUGCCACAAGACACAAGAAUCCCUGCUGACUUCCUCGAGUGGGUACAAUAACUACAGAGGGAUUCUAAACUGGUGUGUGGUGAUGCUGGUACUUAGUAAUGCCCGACUCUUCCUAGAAAACCUGUUAAGAUAUGGGAUUCUGGUGGACCCGAUUCAAGUGGUUUCCUUAUUCUUGAAGGACCCCUACAGCUGGCCUGCGGUGUGCUUGAUAAUUGUGUCCAAUGCAUUUAUCAUGGUGGCUCUUAAUACGGAAAGACAGUUGUCAAAGGGGUCAUUCAGUGAGGGCGUUGGCUGUCUUGUCCAUUGUAUUAAUUUGGGUGUCAUGUUGACAUUCCCUGCUGCAGUGGUGCUCUUCGUGCCCUCCACGACCCCAGCUGGAGGUGCGAUCGUACUCGGUACUUACACCAUUCUCUUCUUAAAGCUGUACUCCUACAAGGAAGUCAACAUGUGGUGUCGGGAGCUGAGCACCAUUAAGGCCAAGAAACUGGCGAGGUCACUGUCUUGUCCAUCAUCUCAGUACUCUAAUGGAAAGGACCAUAAAGUUUGUUACCCUGGUAACCUCACAAUGAGAGACCUUUACUACUUUACCUUUGCUCCGACUCUGUGCUAUGAGCUCAACUUUCCCCGCUCUUCCAAGAUUCGAAUGGGUUUCCUGCUCAGAAGACUUUUUGAGAUGCUAUUCCUGAUUCAGAUGUUAGUGGGUCUAACUCAGCAGUGGAUGAUUCCCAUCAUUCAAAGUUCCAUGAAGCCACUGGAGGACAUGGAUCUAUCUCGGAUGACUGAGAGACUCUUAAGAUUGGCAGUUCCGAACCACUUGCUUUGGUUGAUGUUUUUCUACUGGUUCUUUCACUCAUCUUUGAACUUCACAGCAGAGCUUCUACGCUUUGGAGACCGACAGUUCUACAAAGACUGGUGGAACUCUGAGUCUGUGACAUAUUUCUGGCAGAACUGGAACAUCCCCGUUCACAAGUGGUGUCUCCGGCACUUUUACAAGCCAUUGCUGAGGAGAGGUUUUAGUAAGAUGGUGAGCCAGUCAGCAGUCUUCUUCUUGUCAGCAUUCUUUCAUGAGUAUCUUGUGAGUGUCCCUCUGAGGAUGUUCCGUCUGUGGGCCUUUAUGGGCAUGAUGGCUCAGCUCCCACUGGCCUGGUUUGUUGGACAUUACCUGCGGGGUAACUAUGGCAACGCAGCAGUGUGGAUUUCACUCAUAAUUGGUCAACCAUUCGCCGUCCUAAUGUAUGUCCAUGACUACUACGUUCUGCAUUACCGGCAAGAGACUGACUAAUUUGAACGUAUUUGAUUCUUCAACAGUGUCUCUGUAUGUUACAUGCAAACAGAGACACUCAUGGCCAACUAUUCUGUCAUGACAGCCGUAAGAUACGUUAGUUUUAUUGACUUUAAUUUGGUUCAAUAACUUGUUUUAGUUAAGGAUGACUCGCUCAAAUGUUUAUGUCACAGUUCAAAAUUAUCUAGGUUGUUGAAAAGCCUCUCAUACAUACAUGUUCAAAUUCAGCUAAUGUGGCCUCUCAUACUCUACAUACAUCAGGGGUCUCUAAACCGGUCCUCCAAGGCUGCUGCGGGUCCCGGUUUUUGUUCCUACCGAUCGAGUCGAGACAGAUUAACCAAUAAGGUUUCUGCUAAAACAAGCAGCACCUGACUCCAAUCAACUUAUUACACUUGCAAGACACCAGAUUGGUGAAAAGGUGUCAUCUUGUUUUAUUGGAAUGAAAUCCUGCACCCACUGCCGCCCUUUGUGGAAUAGUUUGGAGACCCCUGCUCUACGUCCAUCUGGUUGGCAGAUCCUCAUGAGAGUCAUGUGGAUGCUGGAGCCACUCUAGCUGACGAUGGGCUUGGAGGCAGGGUACACCGUGUUACGGCUGCAAGCCAUUGUAGGGUACCCCCUCUAAUGGCUGCAAGCCAAUCGCUGGGCACAUGUGGAUAAUUCAGCUUUCACACUCGCCAUCAAACCUACGGACAAUUGUGAAUGUUCGAUCAGCAGACCGUGCAUGUUUUAUAGGAAGUUGGAGGCAACUGGAGUACCCAGAGAAAAACAGACGCAGGCAUGAGAAGAACAUACAAAUUUCGCACAGGAAGGACAUAGCCCAGGGUUGAACCUUGGUCUUUGUACUGUGAGGUAGUUUUACCCAGUUACACUAACCCUCUCACAUAUUGGGCCCAAAAUGACAUUCUAUCUGCUGAGAAAAAUACCUCCACCCCCAACCCCUACUCUUAAGAAAGAUAGGGAUGUUAAGGGGGAAAAAAACUUAGAUGCAAGUAUCCUUAUGCAAUUUGCUGUCACUUUAAUUUAGUAGAAAAUUGUACUUACUACAUUUAAUGUUGACACACCUGAAAAUUUUGUGAUCUAUACUAAAUUUAAACACUAUUUUGCGACUUUUUUUUUUUUUUCUUUUCAUGAAUGCACCUAUGUAUUUUCAUACAUUUACACAAGAGCGUGAUGUUUUUGUCGGUCUGUUGUUUUUUUUUUUGUUUGUUUGUUUGUUUUUUGUUUUAUUUCCCUUUUUUACUGUACUUAAUGCAUUUGUGGGUACCAAAGUGAAUAAUGCUAAAUGUCAAUGGUGAUGACAUUUAAAGUGCCUUGUGAGACAUAACAGUUGUCAAGGGGCUUCGUCAAAAUGUUACUGUGAAAUGAUUAAACUAAAAUAUGUUUUUGAAGUACAGUUUUUAAUUCGUUUUGUCAAUGUUGAGACAAAACGUAUGUUGCUGUCAAGUGAAGUAAUA